ACUACGUCAUCCACCGGCUCGUAUGGUCAUUUGUGCUACUUCAGGCAAAUAGUUUAGGUUGAGAGUGAGCAUGAUUUUAGAAAUAUUGUCCUGUGUUUAGUUGCUGUUGUUCAACGUUGGCCGGCUGUUUCCUCUGCAUACCGCAAACUCUCUGGAGAGAAAGGGCAGCAGACCCUAAUUGGUUUCUCAAUGAAAUAUAACCAUUAGUCCCACCACGGGAGGGACUGAGGAAAAGCAGCACCCAGCAUUCCCAAUCGCCGUUACUCAACUGUCCACCAUCUACUGUGAACAGAACCUUUUGGAGUGCCAAGGAGCCUCGACACGAUUUGAUCUCCAUAUUUCUACUAAAUAUUUUUUUUCGUUUUAGUAGCGGAUCGCAUUGGACCGUAAAACAUCUUUCAUUCCCGCCUAGAGAAAGUUUGUGCAGAUUCAAACAUGAGUGAUUUGGAAGAAGACUUCAAAAAUAUCCUAUUGAUAAAAGAGGAGAGAAUUAAGGACAUGGAGAGGCGUCUCGUCGAGAAGGAAGAAGAGAUACACGAAUUAAGACGAAAACUGCACAAAUGUCAAUCCGUUCUUCCCAGCGCGCAGAUAAUUGGACCUAGAACCAGGCGUGCUCAAGGCAUCUCAGCAGAACCUCAAGCUUACCGAACCUUCCAGGAGUUGAACAGUGAAGCAUUUCGGAAACAUUCCAAGUCUGACAGGUCCAAGGACCUAAUCAAGGAGGCCAUUCUUGACAACGACUUCAUGAAGAACCUCGAGCUUUCUCAGAUCCAGGAGAUCGUUGACUCCAUGUACCCAGUAGAAUAUGGCAAAGACAGCUGCAUUAUCAAAGAAGGAGAUGUGGGCUCCUUGGUGUACGUGAUGGAAGAUGGGAAGGUGGAGGUGACAAAGGAGAGCAUGAAGCUGUGCACCAUGGGUCCUGGGAAGGUGUUUGGGGAGCUGGCCAUCCUCUACAACUGCACCAGGACGGCCACCGUCAAGACCCUCACUAAUGUGAAGCUAUGGGCCAUCGACCGCCAGUGUUUCCAGACCAUUAUGAUGAGGACGGGCCUCAUCAAACAUGCCGAAUACAUGGAGUUUCUAAAGAGUGUUCCAACAUUCCAAGGCCUUUCAGAAGAAAUACUCAGCAAGCUAGCCGAUGUUAUGGAAGAGACGCACUACGGGGACGGGGAGUACAUCGUCAGACAAGGAGCCAGAGGAGACACCUUCUUCAUCAUCAGCAAGGGCAAGGUUAAUGUCACCAGGGAGGAUUUGCCCAAUGACAUGCCUGUGUACCUGCGAGCCCUGGGCAAAGGAGACUGGUUUGGGGAGAAAGCCCUGCAGGGAGAGGACAUCAGGACGGCUAAUGUCAUUGCUGCUGAUGCCGUCACCUGCCUGGUCAUUGACAGAGACUCAUUUAAACACUUGAUUGGGGGCCUGGAAGAUGUCUCAAACAAAGGCUAUGAGGAUGCAGGGGCCAAAGCCAAAUAUGAAGCGGAAAAUGCCUUCUUCUGCAACCUGAAGCUGGUGGACUUCAACAUCAUUGACACGUUGGGGGUCGGAGGCUUCGGACGUGUGGAGCUGGUAGGAUGUUUAAAUAAAGUGCAGCUGAAAAGCGAUGAGAUCAAAACGUUUGCGAUGAAGAUCCUGAAGAAGAGGCACAUCGUGGACACUCGGCAACAGGAGCACAUCCGCUCCGAGAAGCAGAUCAUGCAGGAGGCCCACUCAGACUUCAUCGUCAGGCUGUAUAGGACAUUCAAAGAUGCCAAGUAUCUUUACAUGUUGAUGGAGGCUUGCCUUGGGGGAGAGCUCUGGACCAUACUUAGGGACAGAGGUUCAUUUGAAGACCCGACCGCGCGGUUCUACACGGCCUGUGUGGUGGAGGCCUUCGCUUACCUGCAUUCCAAAGGGAUCAUCUACCGAGAUCUCAAACCCGAGAACCUCAUCCUGGAUCACAGAGGCUAUGCCAAGCUGGUGGACUUUGGCUUUGCCAAGAAGAUUGGGUUUGGGAAAAAGACAUGGACUUUCUGCGGGACCCCAGAGUAUGUGGCACCUGAGAUCAUCCUGAACAAGGGGCAUGACAUCUCCGCUGACUACUGGUCAUUGGGAAUCCUCAUGUACGAACUCCUGACUGGAAGCCCACCAUUCUCAGGGCCAGAUCCAAUGAAGACAUACAACAUAAUUCUGAGAGGAAUCGACAUGAUUGAAUUUCCAAAGAAGAUCACCAAAAAUGCUGCCAAUUUGAUUAAGAAACUAUGCAGGGACAAUCCUUCAGAAAGACUUGGAAACUUGAAAAAUGGAGUCAAAGAUAUCCAAAAGCACAAAUGGUUUGAAGGCUUUAACUGGGAAGGGUUGAGGAAAGGAACCCUGACUCCUCCAAUCAUCCCUGAAGUCUCGUCUUCAACUGACACAAGCAACUUUGACAGUUUCCCAGAGGACAACGAUGACCCUCCUCCAGAUGACAUGUCUGGCUGGGAUACAGAUUUUUAACGCCACCCUCCAUGUGUAGUAGCCUCUCCAGUAGCUCCCUAGUCCUGCCUCAUAAUUGACUUUUCUGGGGAUGCCUUUCAAGGGUUUGGCAGCAGAGAACAGAGAGACAGACAGUUGAUGAUGCUGUGAACGGACAGUGACAGUGAAUGGGGCAGUCGUACCGCUUUGGGUCACCAAGAUGCCUUCACCAAUGUUGCUCCACUCUCCUCCGAGGUGGCAUUGGGACUAAUGUUUUAGAACGACAAAAGUCUCUCAGCAUCAUCGUCAACCAUUCCCCCCCACUGGAUCCCCUCAUGGAGAGGUUUUUGAUUUAUUCUUGUCACACAUUUGUAUAUUUAGGUUUAUGUAUUUGUUGUGGCUGUUAGCACUUACAAUACCAGUGUUUUCAGUGAUUACUUGUGAUACCGAGUGGAUUGGGACUGAGAGGGAGAGAUUCCUGCUCACUGUUGUAGCAUUUAUGGACCACAAUUCCAACCGGGGGAGGGGGGGGUUGUUGACUCUUUUCAACACUUGUCAUCAAUAAUCAAAAUGUUAUUUUUUACAAGUUCCUUUGUAUCAUAUUAUACAUUUGGAUGUUACACAUGAUCACAACACAUAAAGAUGAUAUAUUGUCUAUUAUGCAUACUGUAUUCCAUUGGGAAAAAAACACACACACACGCCACUUUCAAUUACACACAUGUAAUUACACAAUUUAUAAGCGCAAAGUUGUUUGAUUGAUAAAAACUACUUGGGCCUUCCCUUCACCAUUCAAAUAUUUUCUAAAGCCCUACAGUGUUAAGAAAUUGCAAGGACAUAUAGGAAUUUUCAGUUUAUUACCAUUUAGUUAUUUAUUAAAGGUCACAUGCAGCCGUUUUUUAAAAUCUCAAUAUCAAAUAAUUUCUGGGUAACAAUUAGGUACCUUACUCUGGUUGUUUUAAAUUAAAAUUGUAAAAAAUUAUAAAAAUAGCUUCUUAGCAAAGCUCACAUUCUCAAGCAAGAACUUAGCUAGGACUGUCUGGGAGUGGUCUGAGUGGGGAGGGGAAAACUGAAAACUAGCUUAUAUUGGGAGAGAGACCAAUAAGACAGUUACAAACCUAUUAACUAAAUUACCACCUAGUGAUGUCACCAGGCAUGCCAAAACUCCAUCCCACCAGAACAGGCUGAAAUUUCAGCUCUUACACUAAAAGGGCAUUAUCGUCAUUUUCACAAUUUCACAGUAUUAUUAAACCUAAUAGUGCGGAAAAUAUAUAUUUAAAAAGGGGGGGGGGGGGAUUCUACUAAGCUAUAUGGAAUUGUUUUAAGAAGGUCACACCAAGGAUCACCAAUAGGAGCUAUUUGAUUUAGAAUUUUAAGACCCCUUGCAGUAUAUAAAAAUAUAUAAUCAUUUGAUUAAACAUGUUAUUUGGCCUUACUGCUAUUAGCCCAUUACAAACGCAUUGAAUAACAGAUUCACUACAGGAACAACAGAUAGCCCCCCAAAAAAUAAAAAUUCUAAAGGAAGUUUGUUCUGAAGUGUCUAUCCUAAUAUCUGAGAGAUAUGAGAGAUCUGGAAACAUACAAUAAUUGUUCUUUAAACAUGUAUUUAACCCCAUAUUUUUGGCACUAAACAGUCUACAUAAACACAGUACUUCCAUUAUUAUUAUUUAUUAUUUUUUACUGGUACCAGGGACCUUCAGACAAGUCUUGUGAUUCCUGUGGGCAUCCUCGAGAGUCUCAUAUUUCCAUAGAGGGGUUAUAAUAGUUUGUAGGCCAAACCAUUCGGACCCUACAGACGAUUUUGUGAGCAGAGCGAUUUUUGGGAUGUCUCAUGGUCUGACAAACAUAGCUCUAGCUCUGUGACCUUUCAGCAGAUGAGGUAGUGCGACAUAUGCGUCUCAAUCCACAUGAUGAAGCAGAUGAGGUGGAUUGAGACGCAUCCGAUGCAAAAAAAGAAAAACCCAGAUAUCUCUAGUUUAAACAUGACAGAUUUUUUUAUGGGGAUUUUAGAAUUAUGCUAAUUAGAUUUCCCCGGGGGCUCGGAGAUUGACCUUCGGGAGUGCAAAGGAAGGAUCCAACCAUUGAGUGGGGUAACAGCAAAGAACAGAUUAUACCACUAGAGGGCAAACUGGUACUUGUACAAAACCAGGCUUACCAGAGAGGGACACAGCAGGGGUUUUGUCUAGAAGGGACACAGCUUUUGUCAAAAUGUACUUUUCGCUGUAGGUUUAGCAGAACUAACUCAGCAUGUUAGGAUAAUUAACAUAGCAGGUUAGGAGAAUUAGGUUGAAGUUAAGAAAAGGGUUAGGAUAAGGGUUAGCUAAAAGGCUAAAUAAUCUACUUUUGAUGUCAACUUGACAAAAGCUGUAUCCCAUGUAAAUGAUGUCAAUACACUGACAAUUUAAAGGGAGGCGGCAAGUGGACUUUGAUACAUGGCUAAAUACAAUCAGUCUGUCAUACAGAGAUUAUUCUGCUAUUCACAUGAUUAAUUUCCCAUCAAAAUGGACCUUAGAACAUUAGAAUUUCUAAAUGAAAGGCAAGAUGGCUGCUAUAUUCUACAGGCCUCACAUAUAUUACCAUAAUUUCUAACUUUUAUAUUGCGCUUGAAAACAAAUGAAUAUUAUUUAUUUUAGGACCAGAAGUAAAUAUUUCUGUACAUCAAUAUUUAGUGCUGAUUUAAAAAAAAAAAUAUAUAUAUGUAUAAAUAGGUUAUACUUUUAUUAUUUAAUUUGAAUAUUUGGGAUAUGUUUUGUCAAAUUAAAUCUCGACAUAUUUUCUCAAGCUUGAAUGAUCUUUUCAUGUUAUCACCAUCAUCCACUGAAUUACUGAAGUCGCUCACCCCAGUUCUGAACAUCAUUACAUCGCUUUUGGCAUUAUUGAAAGUGCCUUAAAAUCGAUGGCGUCCAAAAGAUAUCUUCAAUAUUUGUUUUCAUGCUGCAUGACAAGAUCAAACAACUUAACCGGUCGUCAUUACUUGGCUUGCUGCUUUUUUAUGGUCCAUCUAUUUAUAUGCCGUUUUCUUACAAUAAAAUGUCACUUUCAAUCAA